AAUAGUUUUAUACUCAAUUGUAGAUAAAAUAGUAUAAUAAUGAAUGUUGCCCAUGAAGUAGAGCUUCUUGUUCAAGAAAUCAAAAGACUAGGCACAAAAAACAAGGAUGGUCAAUAUGAAGUGUUGUUCGGAAAGAUUUUUAAUGAUACACGGUGUGCUAAUAUCUUUGAAGCUUUGGUUGGCACGCUUCGAGCAGCUAAACGAAAGAAGGUAGUCACAUUUGAAGGCGAACUGCUGUUGCAAGGUGUUCAUGACAAUGUUCCAAUAAAGCUUCUUUUGCAUAACGACGAUUAAAGAUUCUCGACGACGUUCUGUUCUAGACGAGUAGAAUUUUAGUGUUUUAUAUAUUUUUAUAACUAUAAACUUUUUUUAUUGAAAUAAUUACUUAAAUUA